ACAAGAAUUGACAAAGGAUUUGAUUUGUAAUAACUUUGAGGGUAUUUUUUAAUAAUAUAAUACUAAAACUCAGUUAGUAUGAGGUAGGAUCAGUGUAAUAUCAACCGACCGACGCUUUUCUAGCAACAUUCUAAAACUACAGUGUUCCAACUCGCUUUUGUAUGAAAACGUAUGAAAUUUACACUCGACGAUGGCGUUUUCUUUUCGAAAAAUGCUAUCGAACAUCAAUUAUUUCAAAAAAUCUGAAGAUAAUACUGAAAAUGUCUUGUCUGAUACGAACUUGAAGAGACGUAGACAUACAUAUGUUUCGGACGAACCUAUUAUCAUAAACUUCGAGUCCACAGAGCCAGACUCUACAUCGAAACAAUGCACAAGUAGUCUAAAACUUCCCGAAUCUGUAAAAAACUUCGCGGCCAAGAAAGGUUCUUUAUCAGACACAGAUUUACUAACGCUAAGUGUGGAAGCGCCAUUGCGAGAAAAAAGGCGUAAAUGUAAAAAACUUAAAUUAGACGUCAAAAAAGCGAGUCAUUCUAUGAACCAUUUAAGCGAAGAUAGCUUCAAUAAUGUUGAGAACACACCAAAGCAUGUUUUGUUAGAAUGUAAGAGUUCUGAUGUGUUUAGCGAGCGGUUCAGAGGAUUUGAUUUCAAUAAAUCCUUUGAUUUAAUUGAUGCAAUAUCAGACGAUCAACCAUCUUCACCAUUUGUUGAGGAUAUAGAUAUUGAAUCUUUAUCGGAGCAAUCAGAUUCUGAUGUGUCGGUUCACACGAAUAAAUCAUCGAUUAAAAUGUGUCGUAAAGUCACCGACAGCCAAUCAAGUGAUGAAAAUCAGUUAGUACCCUCAACUAGUCUCGAGUCGUUCGGAGAUGUUGAAUUGGACAAGAAUGAAGAGGAACGAGUCCAGUUGUUAUUGAAUUAUCAAAUCAAAUUGGAUAAAAUCGAGUCUUUCUUAAGGAAACUGUUCAAUGACUUUCAAUUUCACAUCGAAGUAUCAAAACUGUUUUAUUCAAAGUCUAUUGUUACUGCUCUUUCCGGAACAGAUGGAAGCAAUAUUUCUAAAAAUAGUGAACACUUAUACAAUAAGAAUGAUAGAGGUCCAAGUCCCAUUGGGUGGAAUAUCGUCAUGGAGAGGGAAGAUGAUGACGUUAAAAUGAAAUUGAAAAAACAGUUACUAUCUAUGAAAUCAAUUAUAGAAGAUUUUGUACGAAUUUAUUUACAAAGUAAUACGGAGAGCAAUAAAUUAGGAAACUAUAAGAGUAUCACAUUUAAUACGAAGAAACAUUCUGUAUCGAAACGUCAAAACGUUAGUAAUAAGAAAAGAAUAAAACACUUUGAUUUUCCAGAUUUAAGAGAAGCAAUGAUAAAUCUAUUUUCCAUGGAUGACGUCCACACAAACAACAUUGAUAACACGAGUUAUUCCGAUGACUCAGAUACAUGUAAAUGCCUUUGCAAAUGUCACCAACCAUCUUCACCGAGCUCGCAAACUGAUUCCGGACUAACGACAAAAACAAGUGACGGUUCUUCAUCAAUCACAUCAUCGAUCGGUAAUUUCAGCCUUGAUUCAUCUACAUUAACAGCUUAUUCGGAGUCUCUAGACCAGAUUGUCAGCUACAAUAGCUUCCAAGACACGAGUCUCUACAAUACAUUGCUCCAGAAAGCCGCUAUCGAACGCAUAACAUUCUACGUAGAAGUCCAUAGCAUACAACUCAAUUGUGAAUUAACGGACUCAGAUAUAGAAUCCAAGAAUAUUAUAACUUUCUACUGUCCGUCAUGCAAAGAUACACAUAACGAUGAGAAUAGCUUGUUGAGACACAUAUUAAGUCAGACACAUUGUGAAAAAAUACAUUUUAUAUACAAAACGGCCUAUAUUAAGAAAUGUAUGUCGGCUGGCAAGGAAAUUCAACCAAGCACCGUAUUGAACUCUAUGAGAAUGUACCGCGAUGAGAAUAAGAUUGUCUGCUUUGGGGAUGCAGUAUACGCUUGUUCGUUAUGUUUCGAGAAUUUAAUCGUUGGUGAAUCAGUACUCAUGGCCCACUGUUCCGACCCUCAACACGUAGACCGACGGGAGAAACUUGAAGAUAUAGUUGGUUAGUGAUGUUAUACAAUUUAUUAUUAAAUAUCAUGUAUUUUAAACGUCCCGCAUCGAUUUAAUUUUCACUAGCUCAAUUACUUUUCUUAACAAUAUAUAUUUUUUUUAAUUUUGAACUGUCAAAUCGAUGUUUGAUGUGAUUUUUUUUUUAAUUUUAUCAGUUUGCAUGUUGAUCUAUGCAAGAAUUAAACUUGAAUUAAUCUUACACUAAUUUUCACAUUAAUGUAAACUUGACAAAAACUAAUUAUCCUUUUUUUUCUAUUCUAUAUUUUCUAUUUAUUGUCUGUUGACUGUUAAUUUUGAUUUUUUUUUUUGUUUCCAAACUUCAUUUAUUUUAUAUUUUUAAUUUCUUUACAAAACAAAAGGUGCUCAAAUUCAUUUUUAUAUGCUAAGCUGCGUUCAUCCUAAUAUUAAUUCUGAAUUUAGUAUAAGUAUUCUGGCUUUAAUCUAAAAUCAUGUUUAAUUACAUCUAUGUUAUACUUUGGAUGAGAUCGAUAUUUUAAGGUAAAUAGAUCUAGAAAGCAAUUUGUUUUAUAUAUGUAUAAUUAAUAAUCUCUCACUAUCUUAAUAAUUAAACACACAUACAAAAUAAACAAACUUAUCUGGGUAAGUUCUGCUGCAUAAUGAAAGUGUUGCUUUUGAAUUUUCGUAAAAAUGAUCAUUUAAAUAUCAUUAAAUAAUUAAUAUUUUUAAAUUUAUGUUUAUGCUAUUGAAGUUGAGUUCUACUUCUUGCUCCAGAUAUGUUUGUAGCACAAUUACGUACCAAAAUAUACAUAAGUGAACUGGUUAUCAAUAUUUAUUUUAUAUAUUAAAAGGAAUUUGUUUGUUCGUGCGACAUGCCUAUCGUUCAUUCGAUUUACUUGAAAUUAACAGUUUGUGGUAUGUACGAUAACGCAUACAAGGCUUGCGAAACAUUUAAAAAACUAUAAGUUUACGACGAGCAAUUAUAGAUUAUUAAGUUUAUUUUUUUUCUAAACGUUUUGCGCCAUCUGUCCGCUCGCAUACAGCCAGAACAUGAUUUCUUUUUUGAAAUAAAAUUAUAAAUCUUAAGAAAAAUAUUUACAAAAAAAUAAUAUAUGUUCCUAAAAAUUUUACCGGUGUUCAAUAAAAAAUAAAGUGAGACGUCGAAUUUUCGAAUGCACAGGGUUUAUAAGAUUAAUUCGCUUUUUUUACUAUUUACGUAACGAUUUAGAAUUAAUGUAGAAUACCCUUAAUAAUAAUAACUCGCAAAAUAAAAAAUGAAUAAAAAAAUGUAGUUGUAUAUACAUAAGUAGGCACAGUUUUCUUUAAAGUCAUAUAUCUGAUAAUGAACUCUUUCGCGUGUAGUUUAAUUUUUUUCAAAAACAUUACAGUUGUAUUAAGACAUCAAUUUAAGUCACAGAUUAAAAAAAAAAUAGAUAUUCAAUUCAGUUUUUUUUUAAAAACAGUUAUUUCUAUUUCAUAUCUUAUUAAGUUUUUAAUUUUAACGUCGUCCUCUUAAACAGAUUUUCUUUUCUAUAAAUAAUAUUUAACUUUUUCGUAUUUUCUCAGCAAUUUUGUCGAACAAUAACUUUUAUUUACUUCAUUACGUAUUAACGACUAAUGUAGAAUUAUAUUAUAGUUGCAUGUAUAAUAAUAGUCUCAAAUUAAUUUACUGCGAACCGGAUCUCAAUAAUUCUAUACAUAAAUAAGCCUCCAAAAAGACUGAUUUUGAAUCAAGUGUUCAAAAGUAUUAAAAAAAAAAACAAACGUCAAAUUAUGCCAAGGUACCGAUUAUGACCGCCUAUUCUUAAUAGUUAAAAUAAAUCUAGGUUAGAACGUCUAUUUCCAGAACUGUGUUUUCUUAAAGCAAUAUCUUAUAUCAUUGCGAUCGUUUUAUGUGGUGACAAGCACAGGAUCAGUAAUUUAAUCUGUUAAAAUACUUAUCUUAGAACGUAAGUCCAUAUAAUCUACUUAAUUAGGCAUCCAUUUUAAUAAGUUUCUAAAUGUAAUGGUUUUUUUUUUUACAAUAAUAUUACUAUUUUUAUACGUAGUACGUACAAAUUUCAAAGUGGGAAAAAGCAAUAAAUAGUUCGUUCGAAAACAAUUCUAAUAGGUACUCAGUCAACUGUCAUUUAUUAUUUUUUUUUUUAAUUUAAAUUAUUCUGUAAGACUACAAUUAACAUUAUAAAAUCAUAUUAUGCACGAUAGAAUAAAAAAAGCUUUAAUAUUUAUAAUGGCGGGGAUGGCUGUUUAAAAAAAAAUACAUCUGUGAUUUUACUGUUGAUAAACCGAAAUUAAUCUUAGGAUUGUUAAAAUGUGUGUCGACUUUACAGUUCUUUGUUUCUUGUCUUCCAUACUGCUUAUUUCUUUGUUAUUGCGAAUAUAUUUGCUUUAAAUGUUUAAUAAAAGACACGUUCUGCCAUUGUGAUAUAUAUUUUUUAAAUUAAUGAAUAUAAAACGAAUACAUUUUAUUUUUCAUAAAUCUAUCAGAAAAUGUUUUACCGUUUGAAAGUUAACGUACAUUUUCUUAGUUUAACAAAAUAUGUUUACAUCAAUGUAUCGUAAUAGUGAAAAUUUAUCUGCUACACUGUUGUCAUUAGAAUUUUUUUUUUUAUUAAAGUCGCCACACAACCGCUGUGAUCCACAAAAAAGUGUUCAUAUACAAAUAGGAUAAAAUCAGAAAUUGCAGAGACCUAAUUAUAUUAUAUUUUAAUCUUCCCAAGCAUUCCUUUACUGACUUUUAUAUUAUUAUUAUUUAGGUAAAGGCUUGUUAUUAUAGAGCCAAAAAAGGUUUAUUCAUUAAAAACAGUGAGGUUUCUGCAAUUUAUGGUCUGUUGGAUUCAUUGUUAAAUUUUUUGUAAGCCACAUCCGAUUUUCGAGUGAUUAAAUGAGUGUAGUUUGGA